AUGUCGACAGACUCUAAACCGCGCCCGGGGAUCCCGGCCUUAUUUACGCAGCCGCCAGCCAUCCGUGACCCGCUUAUCACCGAGACAAUCGAUCUGCAGAACGCGACGCUGGAAAAAUGCCUGCCAUUCCUAAAAGGCAUCCACAGCACCCAGACUCAAUUUAACCAACAUGGUGUGCCCGCCCUGCAACGUGAUCUUCACACCGGCUACCUCUAUGAUGCCCUGGAGGAUUAUCCCGAGGGGUUCGUCGCCAUGGACGCCAGCCGCCCGUGGAUUGUGUACUGGGCAUUGGCGGGACUUGCCAUGCUGGGAGAAGAUACGACUCAGUUUCGCGAACGUGUGAUCACUACGCUUCGGCCGAUGCAGAACCCCACAGGUGGCUUUGGCGGCGGCCACGGCCAGACAUCUCAUCUAGCGGGCAGUUAUGCAGCCAUCCUGUCGCUGGCCAUGGUUGGAGGCGAACAGGCCUUUGAAUUGGUGGAUCGAAACGCGAUAUGGCAAUGGAUCUGCCGAUUGAAGCAGCCAGAUGGGGGAUUCCGUGUUUGUGAAGGCGGGGAGGAAGAUGUGCGUGGCGCAUACUGCGCUAUGACUCUGAUUUCGCUACUGGAUCUGCCGCUGACGCUUGCUCCGGGCUGCCAAGCGCGGGAGGCCGGUUUGUUCAAUUUGACGAGCGGUCUUCCUGAAUAUCUUUCACGGUGCCAAACAUUUGAAGGAGGUAUCUCGGGCAGCCCUGGAUCGGAGGCUCAUGGGGCAUACGCCUUUUGCGCUCUAGCAUGUCUGUCUAUCUUGGGAUCUCCCGAGGAGAUGUUCAAUAGACACAUGGAUAUUCCCAUGUUAGUGUCGUGGUUGUCUGCACGUCAGUCCGCCCCAGAAGGUGGUCUUUCCGGACGCACAAAUAAGCUGGUUGAUGGAUGUUACAGCCAUUGGGUGGGUGGAUGCUGGCCAUUGAUUGAAUCUUCUCUGCAAGGAAAGCCAGACACCGCCGAGCCACCAGCCAACAGUCUUUUCAGCCGCGAAGGUUUAACCCGAUACAUCCUUGGAUGUUGUCAAGGGGUCGAUGGUGGUCUUCGCGAUAAACCGGGCAAGAUUGAGCGCGACUCAAAACCAUCAUUACCGAACAGGCUCGAGUGUCUCAAGCGGCAACUUUUCAUCCUCAUUUUCCUGGAAGUCUUCACCAAGCCGUGA